UUUUUUUGUGAAAAUUUUUCUCAGCCUCUCUCUCUGCCUUCUUUCAUCUCCAUUUUUGAACGAGCAAAUUUCAUUCUCUAUGUCUCUGUAGCUCUGCUUCUCCUUCCUGUGAUCGUAAGAUAAGUUCAUUUUCUUCACGUCCUCAAUCUCUUUUCGCCUUUAAGCAAUUCAAAAAUACUUUCUCGUUUCAUUUAAUUUUCUUUAAUUUUUUUCUUCAUGAUUUAUUGCUGUAUCUUAUUCUAGUUUUUUGUAAAAUUAUCAGAUUGGAUUCAAUUUCUUUGUGUUUGUAGCUAUUUAUUUUCAAAUCCAGAUUCAUUAUAAAUUGACAAUUUUUGGAGCAAAUCUAUGAUUUUUUUUUUUUGGAGGGGGGAAUGAAUUAUCAUAAAAUUUUGAAAUUUGAGAUCGUUGAUUGAUUUGGAAGAGUGCAUUUGGGGCAGAAGGGUUGCAAAUUAUUUGGAACAUUGUUGUUAUUUGGAGCCAAAUUGCAAAAUUUGCAUUUUGGCCAAUGGGAUUAUUAGAGACCAAUAAUCUGGAUAUUUUUGUAGCAACAUUUCAGAGAAGAGAGCUAAUAAGGACUUGAGAUUGGGGUUUGUUAUUUGAUGGGGAACUCAUGUGUAGGACCAAACUCUAAUGGAUUCUUACAAUCUGUUACUUCUGUUUGGCGUGGCCGGCGGCCGAAGGAUGGUCUGCCGCCACCUUCUAAAGAAGAGGAAAAUAGCAACAAAGAUGAUGAAUCAAAAAAAUCUGAGGGUUCUAAGAAAGGAUCAGAGACAGACAAUUCCUCCGAAAUUCAAAGUACCCCACCUGAAACUGUUAAGAUCCCCAAAGAAACAUCACCUAAAGUUGUAGACCAUGAAAAAUCUAUCAGGCCGGAGAUGAGGGAUGUAUCUAUCAAUAAGGUUGCGGAGGGUGCGAAGUCAAAGAAACCCAGUCAAGUAAAGAGAAAUUCGAGCGCUGGGCUUCAAGCGGGCUCGGUGCUGGGAAGGAAAACUGGAAAUUUGAAGGAGAUUUUUAGCUUGGGGAGGAAGCUGGGACAAGGCCAAUUUGGGACGACGUUUCUCUGUAUUGAGAAGGCAACUGGGAAAGAGUUUGCUUGCAAAUCAAUUGCAAAGAGGAAGUUGACUGCGCAGGAGGAUGUUGAGGAUGUUAGGAGGGAAAUUCAGAUAAUGCACCAUUUGGAGGGUCACCCCAAUGUGAUAAAAAUUUUGGAUGCAUAUGAGGAUGCUGUUGCAGUUCACGUUGUUAUGGAACUUUGUGCAGGUGGGGAGCUUUUCGAUAGAAUUAUUCAGAGGGGGCAUUAUACUGAGAGAAAGGCUGCUGAUCUUGCAAGGUUGAUAGUUGGUGUUGUGGAAGCGUGCCAUUCUUUAGGUGUUAUGCACCGGGACUUAAAACCCGAGAAUUUUCUAUUUGUUAAUCAGGAUGAGGAGUCGGCACUUAAAACAAUAGACUUUGGGCUCUCAGUUUUCUUCAGGCCAGGGGAAAUAUUCACUGAUGUGGUUGGGAGCCCCUACUAUGUAGCCCCGGAAGUGUUGCGAAAAAAUUACGGUCCAGAAUGUGAUGUUUGGAGUGCUGGGGUUAUCAUUUAUAUUUUAUUAAGUGGUGUUCCCCCAUUCUGGGAUGAAACCGAGCAAGGAAUAUUUGAACAGGUUUUAAAAGGUGAACUAGACUUCCUAUCUGAACCUUGGCCUAGUAUAAGUGAAAGUGCUAAAGAUCUUGUGAGAAGAAUGCUUGUAAGGGACCCCAAAAAGCGGAUGACAGCCCAUGAAGUUCUCUGCCACCCUUGGGUUCAGGUGGAUGGUGUUGCCCCUGAUAAACCUCUUGAUUCUGCCGUUCUAACUCGCUUGAAACAAUUUUCAGCUAUGAACAAGUUCAAAAGAAUUGCCAUUCGAGUCAUUGCUGAAAGCCUGUCUGAAGAGGAAAUUGCAGGCCUAAAAGAAAUGUUCAGGAUGAUAGACACAGAUAAUAGUGGACAUAUUACUCUUGAGGAACUGAAGACAGGUUUGGAAAAAGUGGGAGCUAAUCUCAAGGAUGCUGAAAUCACUGGGUUGAUGCAAGCAGCAGAUAUUGACAACAGUGGUACCAUAGACUAUGGUGAAUUCAUAGCAGCAAUGCUUCAUCUAAACAAAAUUACCAAGGAGGAUCAUUUAUUUGCAGCCUUCUCAUACUUUGAUAAAGAUGGGAGUGGGUAUAUCACUCAAGAUGAGCUUCAACAGGCCUGUGACCGAUUUGGUUUAGGUCAAAUUCACCUUGCAGAUCUCAUACGCGAAGUCGACCAGGAUAAUGAUGGACGGAUUGAUUACAGUGAAUUUGUGGAUAUGGUAACAAAAUAACACAAAUAUAUUGGAUUUGAAGACACCUUCAAGUAUUAGUACCUGACCUGGUAUGCCUACAGAGUCAGCUGUUGAUAUUAUAGCUUCUAAAACUAGCAUUUCUGUCACAAGUUAAACUGAUUUGGAGUGCAUCCAAUUGUAAAGAUCAGGCAUGCUUCAGCAAGCGUGAGAGAGUGAGUGUCCUUUUCAAUUUUUAGUCUUUUUCUUGUUGUAUUUUCCAUUCAGUUGACAGACUGAGCAUAUUAAGUCUGAUUAGAUUUCAGUUUUCGAUGUGCAGAGCAUCAUUGUUCAUAAUUAAGCAUUUUUUAAUAAUUAA